AUGCGAGCCUCCGUCCGAUCUGCUCUCAUCUUCGCCGUGGCCGCCCUCGCGGCUCUCCAGGUGGCUCAGCCCGUCUCGGGUCACCUUGUCGACCGUGAGGUCUUCGAGAACGUCACCCCCACCCUUUACGACUACUCUCGUCGUGACGCCGCCGCCACUGCUGUUCCCUCUUCGACCAGCACGGCUGGCCCCGCCACCGCCACUCCCGGUACCGGCUGCAAGGCCAACAGCGACUGUGCCACUGGCUCGUGCUCGGCUGGCAAGUGUGUGCCUCAGAUCGGCACUGGUGUCAAGAACUCGUACUGCGACAGCGACGCCCAGUGCACCACGUCGCAAUACUGCUACCGUGGCUCGUGCCAGGAGAUCAAGCAGACCGGCGCCAACUGCUACAAGGACUCGGGCUGCACUUCGGGCAGCUGCAUUAACAAGAAGUGCAUCAACAACUCCUCGCAGAAGAACGGCUUCACCUGCACCCGAUCGGACCAGUGCGUCAACGGCUCGUUCUGCUCCAACGGCAAGUGCAACACUGUCCAGCCUGCCGGUUCGUACUGCUACAAGGCCCAGGGCUGCACCAGCGGUAUCUGCAACAACAACAAGUGCUCCUCCAAGGGUCUCGCCAAGCUCGGCCAGUACUGCACCGCCAGCAACAAGUGCCAGUCCAACUUCUGCUUCAAGAACGCCUGCCGUGCCAAGCGCGCCAGGAACCAGCCUUGCUCCAUGAACGAGACCUGCAUCAGCGGCAGGUGCCGCAACAACCGCACUUGCGCUUAA